CGGCCUCCUUCCUCCCUCCCCUUUCUCUUUAGCUUACUCCCCGCCCGUCGGCUCGAAAUAAACCCGUCAGAGGGUCGCGCUUUCCGCCGUCUCUUUGGUUGUGUGAGCCUCUGCGCUCGCUGUAGUCAGGUGACUUGACUAGGAACUGUUGCCGGCAAAGAACCCGAAGUAGAAGAUUUUUAAAGUCCACGGUUGCUGGGCGCCGCGAUGGCUCCGGACCCUUGGUCAUCGAUGUAUGAUUCCACUUGCCACACUGCCCAAGAGGUUGCUGAAAAAAUUCAAGAACGCAACAGAUAUCAGAGGAAUGGUGAAAGUACAGUUAAGCUCGAUGUUGCCAUCAGGUUCCUGUUGCAAAAUCUCAAAGAAAAGACUGAUCGUCUGAAGGACAUGUUGCUUCACUCUGUAUCAACACGUCAGAUAACACAACUUGAAGGAGACAGACGGCAGAACUUAGUGGAUGAUCUUCUCACGCGACAUCGACAUCUUCAGGCAUCUUUAAAAAAUGAAGGCACAGAACCAGAUGUGAUAAGGUCUAGCUUAAUGGCAGGAGGGGUCAGACAAGGUGUAAUAAACCCAUGGCUUAUGGAGGAGCCUGAGGAAACAAGGGCACUAGGCUUUCAUGAAAUCCAGCAGCAACAACAGAGAAUUAUAGAAGAUCAAGAUGCUGGUCUUGAUGCUCUCUCUUCUAUUUUAUCCCGUCAAAAACAGAUGGGACAGGAAAUUGGGAAUGAAUUAGAGGAACAGAAUGAAAUCAUCGAUGAUCUUGCCAAUUUAGUAGACAAUACAGACAACAAGUUGCGCAACCAAACCAGACAUGUGAUGGCGGUGGACAAAAAGUCAUCUUCCUGUGGUGGGGCUGUCAAUGUGCUGAACCGGUGCCUCGCUGCGACAAUGGACUGGAUGAGGGCUAAUAAACUGAGGCUCAAUCCAGACAAGACUGAGAUGCUGCUAGUGGGUGGUUCUUCUGACCAGAUGGUGGAUGUCCAACCUGUUCUGGAUGGAGUUGCACUCCCCCUGAAGGAGCAGGGAUGAUGGUGGUGAUCGUAUUGCUGCUGAUUGCAAUCAUUGUCGUCGCUGUGUGGCCUACAAAAUAAUCAAUGGACACAAUCCCUUUGCAACAACUUGUCAAUAGCACUCUGAUGCAAGAACAUUUCCAUCUUGUUUACACUUUCUGUGGACUUGGCUCUAUUUGACCCAUUCUGAGUACACUGGCAGAAGCACAGCUGGUGGAGGAUUUCAUUUUGCAAAACUUUCUAUCCAGUAGGACUUUGUAUUUCAAGAAUGUGACUGGUUGGGGACAGAUCUCCUAAUGAAUAUGGCAUAAAUACAAUUAAGGCCCAAGAAGUGGUGUCUGACAAACUCUCUGCUUUUGAGAAUGCAAGCUGGGAUCCACUAUUAUUCUCUAGAGUGCCAGGCGAAAGUAUUGGAGUUUUCUUUCUAACAUGACUUCUUGAAGCUGAAAUUAAUACAUCUUCAUUCUGGAUGAAAUGGCAAUGGAUUUGGGCGUGAUUUGGAGCAAACUACUGCUGUGAUUGAAGUUCUGUUGCACAUGGAAAUUUGCAGGUACCCUUCAGAUGCUCAGAAAUCCUGGAUAAUCUUUGGUUUGAGGCAGAAAACUACAAUUGUUCAUUUAUAUAAACCAUAGCGAAUGGGUAUUGUUUGGAAAGUUAGAUAAUAUUUCUGUCUCAAAAUACAGACUAUGUUGUAUAGUCAUUCCCCUAACUACAUUAAUAGCAGGGGGAAAACAUGAAAAUAGAAAGAAUGGCAAUACAAAAAAGUCACUUUAAUGCUCAUUCAUCUCCAGAAAUCAUUAUUUUGCUACAUACGUACCAGUUUGAUUGACUGAUUUUAGCACAGUGACAAGUCUGAAUAAAAACUACUUAAUUUCUACAUUA